UCGGUGCUACCAAUAGGCCAGAUAUCAUUGACCCAGCUCUCCUCAGACCUGGAAGGUUGGACCAUUUACAUUCCUCAGCCUGACGACCUCAAGAUUGAGAAUCUUCCAGGCUGCUAUGAGAAAAAGUCCUCUGGCAAAAGAAGUGGACCUGGAAGCUCUUGCGAGAUACACUCAAGGUUUUAGUGGAGCUGAUAUCACUGAAAUCUGCCAGCGUGCCUGUAAAUACGCCAUUCGAGAAAAUAAUGAGCAGGAUAUUGAGAAGGACAAGAAGCGAUCUGAGAACCCAGAGGCCAUGGAAGAGGAUAAGGUUGAGGAAGUAGCCGAAAUCAAGGCUAGCCAUUUUGACGAGGCCAUGAAGUCUGCCCGACGUAGUGUUAGCGAUGCAGAUAUCCGGAAAUAUCAAGCGUUUGCUCAAACAUUGCAGCAAUCACGAGGAUACGUAACCCAUUGA